AUUGGGAUAAUAACAUGUGACCCUAUUGAGGAAUGCAUCAAAAUGAAUUUUAUUUUUGCUAAAAAUUUUUGCAGAGGAGGAAUUUAUUUCUCUGUUUUAGGUUUGUUAUUCAAACUAUAUUCACUUAUUAUAAAAAAGCCAAAGUAACCAUAAUGUGAAGAUUAUGUACUAUCGAGUUUUAUUGAUUAUAGCUUUAACAUACAUGCAGAAGCGAGAUGAAUGUUUGGUCUAAAAAUAAAAACAAAAUUUUACAAACUUUAGACUUUUGGGCGAUAAUCGUUUCUAUUUCCGGUAAAUCAACCAAGAUAUGUCACAAUAUAUUUGGACUUUUUAUGUUAACUUUAACAAUAUUUUGGAUGUUAAACAUGAAGCUAGAAAUAAUAGCUUAAUUGGACAACCUUUGAAUUAGUUAAAUAAUUUAAUAUUUUAUCAAAAAAAUCUGAUUUUACAGUUUAUUUGCAACUAAUAUUAAUUGCAAUAUCCUUAGACAUAUCUUCGUGGUUUGGGCGAGUUUGGGCAAAACCCUAAACCAAUCAAAAGCUCUGUUUUAGAAAACCCCGCCAUUUGAUAAGAUUGGCGCCAAAUCAGAGACAUUUCCCGGGUUUUUACGUCGUCUUUGUUAUCGUCAGAAUCUUCUUGGAUUAUUGUUGGAUAUUCUCUUCAUUUGUUAUCAAAUUGAAGAUUAGCCUUUUAUCUAAAUUAUUGGAUAUAUAUUUUACAAAAAUACACAACAUUUAACAUGUUUGAGGCACGUCUUGCACAAGGAGCUGUCCUGAAAAAAGUAUUGGAAUCCGUGAAGGAUUUGUUGACUGAAGGAAUAUGGGACUGUCAAGGAACAGGAAUGAGCCUACAGGCUAUGGACGCUUCUCACGUUGCCUUAGUUGCUCUAAAACUCCAGUCCGAUGGCUUUGAUACAUACAGAUGCGACAGAAACCAAUCAAUGGGAAUUAGUUUGACAAAUAUGUCGAAAAUCCUGAAGUGCGCUGGCAAUGACGAUGGAAUAACUAUAAAAGCUGUGGACAACUCAGAUACUGUGUCAUUUAUGUUUGAAUCACCUAACCAAGAAAAAGUAUCUGACUACGAACUUAAAUUAUUAAAUAUCGACCAAGAACACUUAGGCAUUCCAGAGACCGAUUACUGUGCUGUUAUUAAGAUGCCCUCUGGUGAAUUCCAAAGAAUCUGCAGGGAUCUGAGUCAAAUUGGAGAAUCAGUGGUCAUUGCAUGCACAAAAGAGGGAGUCAAAUUUUCAUCAACGGGAGAUAUGGGAACAGGUAAUAUAAAACUUGUACAAAGCGCCAAUGUAGACAAAGAAGAGGAGUCUGUACAAAUAGAGAUGCAAGAGCCAGUGACGCUUACAUUUGCCCUUCGUUACCUGAACUUCUUCACAAAAGCCACUCCCCUAUCAUCUGUCGUAUCACUCUCCAUGUCUGCUGAUGUUCCAUUAGCUGUUGAAUACAAAAUUGCUGACUUGGGUUAUGUAAGAUACUACCUUGCACCAAAGGUUGAGGAUGCUGAACAAAUCGCAGACUAAAUCAAUAAUAUGUAAGAGGACAGUACUAUUCAGGGAUCAGGAAGAUGAUGUAUGAAUUAUUUCAUGUUAUGAACACAUCUAUGGAAUAUUUAUCACAAUAACCAUGGUAACAGUGCUAAGGUGAUAAGUGUAGAGUUUAUCUCCUUAAUUGUGGCAAGAAUGACUGAAUUUUAUAUUGUUUCCAUGUAGUGUAUGGAAUGGAGUGAAUACCCGGGAUGCAGUUUGAAAAUCUGAAAUUAUUGUGUUUAAAAACAUGGGAGUAAAGAUAUAGAUAUACUUGUCUUAAUGUCAUUUAUGUAUGUUUUAUAUAUAGUUCUAUUAUCGAUCAUGUUAAAAGGCUAGUAAAAAAACAUUUUCAUGCAGCUUGAUCUGGAUGACUACAUACAACAUACUUUUCAGAAACAAAACAGAAUUUUUACUUUACCUUUGGGAAGCAUGAUUGAUUAUCCCUUUUUCCCUUUUACUAGCCUGCCUCAUGUUCAAGAAUAUAUGGACUAAUACUAUUAGAAUGCUUCUAUUUUGCCAAUUUUGUAAAUAUUAAAUACACACUAAACAGUGAAAUAUGUAACACAUUUGUAAGCUGUACAAAUACUCUAUAUCAAUAUAAAAAUGUGUAAAAUCCAA